UGGAGAGCCCAUUCGGCAAUGUCGUCGUCGUGUGCGGUUUCAACUUCGGUGAGGACAGAGGUGUUUAGUUUGGUACAGGAGAACAGGUUCAUUGCACCCACGAGGACAUUUCAGUGCCACAGAGGUAAAUGUGUGAUGAACAGGAGGGGGUUUGGUUUGAGAGGAGUUGCAGCUGCUGGGACUUCAGUGGUGGGUUCUUCUUUGGCUACUGACCCUGCUCAAGGGAUUGAAAGGCUGCCGUUUAAAGCUGAGGGGUAUAAUUUCUGGACAUGGAGAGGUCACAAGAUUCAUUAUGUGGUGCAAGGAGAAGGGCCUGCUGUUGUUCUUAUUCAUGGUUUUGGUGCUUCUUCAUUUCACUGGAGGUAUAAUAUACCAGAGUUAUCUAAAAAGUACAAGGUUUAUGCAAUAGACUUGUUGGGCUUCGGGUGGAGUGAAAAGGCACUGGUUGAAUAUGAUGCCAUGAUUUGGAAAGAUCAAGUUGAGGACUUUUUGAAGGAGAUUGUGAAAGAACCAACAGUUUUGGUUGGAAAUAGCCUUGGAGGUUUUACUGCUUUGGUUGCGGCAGUGGGAUUGCCUGGGCAGGUGAUUGGAGUUGCACUACUGAAUUCAGCAGGAAAAUUUGGAAAUGCAAAUAGUGAACCUGAGAAGUCUGAGGAGGAAACAGUUGUACAGAAAUUUAUCUUAAAGCCACUGAAGGAAGUUUUUCAGCGGGUAGUACUUGGAUUUUUGUUCUGGCAAGCAAAGCAGCCCGCUCGUAUUGAAUCCGUUUUAAAGAGUGUGUACAAAAAUACUUCCAAUGUGGAUGACUAUCUGGUGGAAUCCAUAACAAUGCCAGCAGCUGAUCCCAAUGCCGGAGAAGUCUAUUACAGAUUAAUGACCCGGUUCAUGUCAAACCAGACCAAGUACACUCUAGACAGUAUCCUAAGCAAGAUGUCUUGCCCAUUGUUGUUGCUCUGGGGAGACUUGGACCCAUGGGUAGGUCCUGCCAAGGCUAACAGAAUCAAAGAGUUCUAUCCAAAUUCGACUAUGGUAAAUUUGCAGGCCGGCCACUGUCCACACGACGAAGUUCCAGAGCUUGUAAACAAGGCUUUAUUAGAAUGGCUAUCAACUUCGACACCUGAAGCCUCUCUCCAAACAGUAUGAACUCAACAAGUUU